AUGUGCAGCUGCUUGGGUUUGGGUUUGGGUUUGGGCGCCGCCCCCGGUGGCAACUUGGAAACCGAAGUCGUGAAGGACUCCGUCUCCCUCUGUAAUCUUAAUCUUGAGGACGGUCAAGAUGAUUCGCUCAUCAAGUUGCCUGAUGACAUUUUGCUCAACAUUGUCGAGCGACUUGAUAUCGCCGACGCCGCACGAACCAGCGUCUUCUCCAAACGUUGGAAGCACAUCCCUGCUAUGCUCUCAGAAAUUGCCAUAGAGGUUGAUUCUUUUCAGCCCAAGCACGAAGGGAGGAAGUUAACCUCAGAUGAUAUAGUUCGGGCCAAUACCACCAUGCUGGGAGCAACCAGGAGCAUACUGGAUAGGAGGGCUGGAAGUCCAUGCACCAUUCACCUGUUGCGCAUGCAAUUCUACUUGGGAGAUGAGUCCAUUUUCAUUGGCCAGACUGUUGCAAACACCAUAGCAACACAAAAGGUUGCUUGGGUCGAGUUUACAAUCCUGACAAAGGUGCGCAAAAAUUGUACCAAGAAUGAACUCAUCACUUAUGGGACGCAGUUCAUGUCAUUCUUUGACUCGUGUCCAAACACAUUUGGUGGUCUGGCACGCCUCACUCUAGAGAAUUUGAGGUUAGGUGAAUCCGACUUCCCCAAAAUUUUCAGUAUAUGCAGACAACUGGAGUUCCUCCGCCUCUACCACUGCGACUUGGGGUACAUGUCCUUGCUGGAAGUGGAACAUCCGCAACUCAGUGAACUGGCGGUUGUCCAUAGCAGUCUUAGGAUGGUUGAUCUGAAGUGGGUACCAAGACUCACACUAGUGAAAUUUAAUGGAUUUGUAUCUCAAGACAACCCCGUCUGUUUUGGCUAUGUCCCACUGCUCCAGACUGUGAGCAUCAUCAAUAUUGGCUUUUCUCGGCACAAGAUGCUCAAGUUAAGUGAGUUGCUUGGCAAAACUGCUGUAACCAACCUGCAUUUGAACUUUAAAAGUGAAAAGAUUUGGGUCAAACCAGAAGGUCGAAAACAAUUGUUACCGGUGUUCCACAAACUUAGGCUUGUGAAUAUGCUUAACAUUUCUGAAGAAUGUGACCUGAUGUGGACAAUGUUCAUACUCGAAGGUGCACCCAUCCUUGAGGAACUAUGUGUCAUGGUGAGGGAUCAUUCAUGUGAAAUGAUAACGGGGAAGCGGAGGGAAAAGUAUGUGUUCAGCAAGGUGAAAGACAAGGGACUAGAAUGGGAACCAUCUGCAUAUAAUUUCAAGCACGAUAAUCUGGCUGUGCUCAAAAUCUAUGGGUUUCAGGAAGAAAACAAAUUUGUGAGCUAUGUUAGAAGUAUCAGGGAAGCAGCAGUGAAUCUAGAGGACAUAUACCUGUAUAACAAUCCAGCGUGUGAGAAGUGCAAGCACCCGGUUCCAAAGGAGUGGACAUGGAAGCAGAGGUUGUCGCUGAGGGACAAAAUCAACAAGGGGAUGCUCUCGCCUGUCAAGAUUCAUUUCCUGACAAAAUAAGCUGUACUUGACAGAAACUUGUCCUUGCCAAGAACAAGAAACCUACCUGCCUACUUCCUUUCAUCCGGGCUCUCGGCCGACAGUUCAUGUAUAAUUAGCUAAAUCUGUUACGUCAGCCUUAGAGACAGAUAUAUGCUUAUGUAAGAUAACAUCAUAACAAUCACCGGCGGGGAGGGAUCAUGUUUUCUUUGGGUCAGCAUCGAUUAGUUGCCG